CGAAUCAACAAUUUCAACACAUGCAUGAACAUAGUUCAUAUGCUUAGUUAUAAUAAUUUCAUAUUCCAUAUAACUAUACCGCUUUGUCCGCAGCUCCAGCAUUCUCACUUCCACCGCGACCAACUAUUUUACCCAGAGGUUUCCUCAUCCGCCUAUUUACCUCCCUUCCCACUACGGCGUACCGCCCACUUCCUGGCUGAGCGUUAGACAGUCCCGUCAAGUCCCGCACUACAAACGAAGUCUAGCCCGAUUGAUGAAGGCCGUAGGUUGGAUGCCCCGUAGUGUGCGCAGUGCAUUUUCUUGGACGUUCAGACCGGAAGAGUACAUCCUUCUUGGCGCCACAUCUCCCUCCAUACCACUACGCACCACUAAAUACCGUCGUCAACAUUCUUGCUCAUGGCGUAGCUUCAUCCGUGUGUUCACCCUUCGAAAAGUCCUCGUCUCCGUCACCCUCGUCCCGGUGUUUCUGUUCCUUGCAAUUAUCUGCCAGGGCAUACCACCAAACUAUGAUGAUAUCAGGCUAUUCGAACACCAUCUCCCUCAACACUCCUUGUCCAGACAUCAGCCGCAGUACCUACGAUUUCCAGGUCACCUGUGGGGCUUCGGGUUCAAUAAUGUUCUUCAGGAAGCUAUUUUGAUGUCUUACCUCGCCUACGCGACCAACGUAUCAUUUGUCUUCGAGGACUAUACAUGGUCGCACUUACCACUUCCAUGGACAAUUUACGAUUUCGCUCUGCGUCCCGCGCGCAUACCAUUAAACGCCCUCAUAUCAGGGCCAACCGCAGGAGGGCCGAUGCCUAGCGCACCGAAUGCACCCCGUGCAGUGAACGCCGAGUUCUAUACACAAGUCUGUGGGGGUCCUGACAGCCAGAAACGCGUUAUCAGCUCUCUGACCGCGCCAAACGAUGCGGACGGCAAUGUCAUGAUCGAUUGGUGGGUAGAUCAGCUCGCAUCUGUGCAAGAGCCAUGCAUAGAAAUAGAUUCGUCUGCCCACGAUGUCUUCGACAGAUACUUUUUCGGAAACCCACGGAUUCUCUCCGUCUGGGAAUCUUUGACUAAAUCGCCUAUGUUGACGGACUUCGCUUGGUCGCCGCUUGUGCAAGCGGCGGUUUCGCGUAAUUUUGCGCUCCUUCAACCAGAGUCUGCUAAAGACCUCUAUGAUGCACAUUCCCGUAAAUCACUCGCUGGACUGGUCGCAGUGCACCUACGCAGGGGCGAUUACAAGCGACAUUGUCCGAAUCUUGCAAAGUGGGGCGCAGACUACAUGGGUAUAAAUCAACAUCCAUCGCUCCCUGAUCGAUUCGAUCGGUCUCCGUAUGUCAACGACACUGAUGCAAGGCUGUCGUAUUAUCUCGAUCAUUGCUGGCCAUCAACGGAGCAGGUUGUCGAAAGGCUAAGGAACAUUCGGAAAGAGUAUCCUGGGCUGAAACGAGUGUAUGUGCUCUCAAACGAAUGGGCAUGGAGUCUCGAUGACCUGAAGAACGCGCUUGAGGAGGACGGGUGGGAUGACUUGGUAAGCAGCACUGAUAUCGUGCUCGAUUCGGAGCAAAAGCAUGUGGCUAUGGCGGUAGACAUGGCAAUUGCAGAGAAGGCAGAGGUAUUCAUUGGGAACGGGUUCUCGAGUCUGUCUUCAAAUGUGGUGAUGCUGAGGAUGGCGAAGGGGAUGGAGGCGGAGAGUAAUCGGUUUUUGUGAUGAAUCUAACAAACAAAUAAUUUAGUACUACUAGUAUACUCCGGAACACUAUGCGACGAGCGAUGCUCGCGAGGAACAUGGACAAUGGUUGCAUGCAGUCAAGCCUGAGUCAGAUGAGCGCCCUUAGGGCGUCUGACAUUGACAGCAGUGCCUGCAUAGCUCGAACCAAACAUGUUGAACUUCAUCGAUUUAAAACGAUCUCAUCGGAGAGGGAGAGAGGCAGCGACAGACCGAC